GUUGAUGAUGACGGAAUCUGAUGCAAAAGAUGAGGAGUUGGGAGCUUACAACAGCAACAACAUGAAGAAGGCAAGAUUGAAUUCAACACUAGCUGCUCUUCUUGAUGACCCCGUACUUGCCGAUGUUCCUAAGAAACCAACAUUGUCCGACGUGGACACGCUUAUCAGCGUCGAAUUGGGCAGUGCUAUGCGCAUCUCCAUUCUUAAAUUGGAUGGCACUUCCUUCGACGUGGCGGUGAUGAAUUCGGCUACAGUGAAAGACUUGAAGCUUGCAAUUAAGAAAAAAGUUAAUGAAAUGGAGCAAUCCAACAUGGGUCAUCGCCACAUUUCAUGGAAGCACAUCUGGAAAAAUUAUUGCUUAUCCCACCAUAAUCAGAAGCUACUGGAUGAGAACUCUGCACUAGAGGAUUUUGGCAUGCGAAACAAUUCUCAGGUCCAGUUUGUAGCCUAUGCCAUGUCAAAAGCUUCUGGGAGGCAUUCAAAGAGAAGAAAACACCGUUUCUUUCAUGGUCUUAACAAGCGAGCCUAAAUAAUCUGAUUUGUUCUACUCAUUUCCUGGAGAUGUAGACUGCUACUGAAUAGUCUUUAUCGGUAUUUCUCAGGUACAGAAACAUGCCAAAUUUCUGUUGUCUUUUUGGUCAUUAUCAUUAGUUUGUAGAAACUUAAAGGCCAUGCUUUCUUUCUCAUGUAUUGUCAAAGCCGAAACGUUGUUUAAAUGAACCCAUUGCUUAUUCUACUUUUCAA